UGACUAAAAGAUAUCUUUUACCUGGAAAGGUGUAAGUGAUGUUCCUUUAACUAGCUUUUAGAGUAACUCUAUCUUAAAUUAUUUUUUAAAUGUAUAAAGAUGGUACGAGCUCAUCAAGUGCCUUUAGUACUGAGAUAGUUUGGUCAGGCGUUCCUCAGCAGGCAGAGGUCAGUCAAGGAGUAGCAAGGAGUAGCUUGUAGAUCCCAGAAAGGUAGAAGUAUGGGCUUGUGGGCCUCAGGAUGAGAACUGGAGCCUGUAGACCUCCGAACAGGAGUAGGAGCUGAUGGACCUCAGAACAGAAGUAGGAGCUGAUGGACCUCAGAACAGAAGUAGGAGCUGGUGGACUUCAGAAAAGGAGUAGGAGCUGGUGGACCUCCGAACAGGAGUAGGAGCUGGUAGACCUCAAGGUUGCAGGAGUAGGAGCUGGUGGACCUCAGGGUUGCAGGAGUAGGAGCUGGUGGACCUCAGAACAGGAGUAGGAGCUGGUGGACUUCAGAACAGGAGUAGGAGCUGAUGGACCUCAGGGUUGCAGGAGUAGGAGCUUGUAGAGUUUGUAGGGUUCUGUGCCAAGUCCUCCUCCUUUGCAAAUAAGAUAAGAGUGGCGUUGCACGAACUCUCCCAGCUCAGCGUUAAUGUUUAGCCUGAUAACUCUUCUCUCAGGGGCAGGAGCCACAGCGCUUUUCUUCACCCGCCCGUCUUCCACUUGCACUUUAUGCGUUUGAUCGAGCGACAAAAUGGAGGAGACGCUGGAGGAGAAAGUUCCUGUCGAAGUGAAAGUCCCUGAUGAUGACCAAGGUGGUGUUGCGGAGCCGUCAGCCAUCGACGCCGCUGAACAGAGUAAAGCGUUCUCAGAUACAGUGUUAGCGUCGCCUGACUCGAUACCUGGAAACCUUAUCUAACUGAUCCCUGACCAGUCCCAGAUAUUAUAGCAUUACCACAAUCACAUUGUAUUUCACUGGUUAACUUUUUAUUGUUUUUUUUUUUUUUUUAAUUUCAAGUGUGUAUAUGAGAAAUUAGACCAAAAAAAAGGGACCAAUAACUCAUCAGAGUGUUCGCAACCUAUGUGUAAUUUGAAUCAGGAACAAAUGUAUAUUUAUUAAUAUGACUAUUACAUUGUGAUGUCGUUUUCUUCAGACUUUUUGCAAAAUGAAUCAUUUUAAAUAAAAGAGAAACAGUGAAUUUGUACUUCUGUUGUUCUGGACGUUGAUUUAAUAACAAAUCAUUUAAAAAUAUGGCGGGACAGCUUGUAAAACAUAAUAGAUUUAAAAAAAAAAUACGGUUUUAAUUUACAAUAUUUGUGUGGUAUUUAUACAAACUGUCAACAAAAACGGUUAUUUUUUUGAAAAAAAAAGCUAAAGCGCUAAGCACUAAAUCCCGCCUCCUGCGCUAUGAUUGGCUAGUUGGAUCGAAACUAUCCAAUCAGCGGACUGAGUUUGAAUAUGAACUCGGGAGAAGGCGGGAAUUUUCUGUAAACGGAUGAAUAACCGAUGACUAACGUUUUGUUCUGUGCUUUUUUAAACAAGUGUUUUGUUUUAGGCAUUUAUUUUAACAAUAAGUGAUUUAAAUACCAUAAAAUAUUAACACGGGGAAAGAAGCGUUAGCCAUCACUUGUCCAUUGUUUUUUUUUUUUUUUUUUAGAUAAAGCCCGCCUCCUUGCGUUGUGAUUGGAUAACCAGAUUAGAACUAUCCAAUCAGCGGGCGAUGUUUGAAUAUGAACUAGCCAAGCAUAGCGCAGAAGGCGGGAAAAUAUUAGCCAAUCCUAGUCCAGGAGGCGGGAUACAACAAACCAAUCCUGACAUAUGAGGCGGGAUCCUUACUAUCCAAUCCUAGAGCAGGAGGGCGGGGCUUUAUCAGAAUGCGGAAGUGAACAAAUAACACGAGUGCUGACGGAAACCUGAUGAAUUCAGACAUACAGUGUUAAUUUGAGAUUAAUUUUGGGUUUACGUGAUUAAAACGUUUCUGUAGUUGAAAUCUGUGUCUUUAUUUGAAAAAAAAAAAGGAUUAAAUUUCGUGUAAGAUGUCAGCAGGGACGUGCAGCUGUUCAGAACAUGUGCAGUGGCUAAAACAGCAAGUUUCAGUCAUGAGAAAAGAGAUGAAGAACCUCAGGCAGUAUGUGGAGAGUUCAGUUCGAGCCCACAGGAAACACAUGGCGUCUCUGCACUCCAUGCUGAAGGAGGUUCUCGAUAAAAAGCAGAUGAUGACGAAGAAUCCAUCAUCAUCAUCAUCAUCCUCAUUGUCAUCCUCCUCCUCCUCCUCUCAGAGUGCAGCGGGGACGGAGCUGUCGUUAGAGAAAGGUCAUAUCCGCACCGUCCCCAUCGGCUUCAUCACUUCCUGUUUUGCUCGGAAGAACGGCACGCCGAGACAGCCGACCGUCUGCAGCUCGUCUCGCGCUCGUCUCAAAAUCCAGUCCUCUGUGUUCAACAACCCUGAACACGCUCUCACCGGCCUGCAGCACUACUCCCACGUCUGGCUCAUCUUUCUCUUCCAUAAGAACGGACACAUGAGCUAUAAAGCUAAAGUGAAGCCUCCUCGUCUGAACGGAGAGAAAGUGGGAGUUUAUUCCACACGCAGCCCUCACCGACCCAACGCCAUCGGCCUCACACUCGCUAAACUGGACUCUAUCACAGGUGAUGUUCUGCACCUGUCAGGUGUGGAUCUGAUCUCCGGCACUCCUGUGCUCGAUAUUAAACCCUAUAUUCCCGAGUACGACUCUCCCGUCACACACACCACGCUGACUGCAGAGCCGCAGCACCAACAGGAAGUGCCCUCUGACACACCUGACGCCCUGGAGGAAGUAGAACCUGCAGAAGCAGAGGGUUUGGAGAACUCGCGCGCCUCCUCCUCUCGGCUGGAAGCUGGUGAGAAGCUCGGUGAAGCUGCCGAGGUUUCAGCAGGACGUGAUGUUAGCGGUGUGCUGGAGGAGGUGAGGGAGGUUCUCCUGCAGGGGGCGCUGUGUUCUCAGAGCAGGGCUGAAGAUAAACACACUGACACACCAGCAGCAGCGGAAGAGGAGGAGGAGGAGGAAGAGGAGGCGUGUGAGUCGAACAGCAGCGUCGCUUCCUGGAUCAGAAAACCUCCAGUACACACUCUGAGUGUGAGAUUCACUCCUACUGCAGAGAGACAACUCGCCGACUUCCUGCCUCCUCACUGCUCAGACACAGGAAGGCCGAAGUUCCAGUUUUUAAAUGGUCCAGAGGAAGCAGCCGCCGCCAUCCGGGGAGUUUUAUCAGCUGAUCCGAGAUCAGUGUACCGGAGGAACCGCUGCAGCGAUCGCCUUUUCUUCUUCAGUCUGGACACGGCUCACAUCACCUGCUGGUUCGGGGACGGAUUCGCUGAAGUGCUGCGCGUUCGGCCCGUGACGAGUCCAGACGGACAAGCUCAGGGUCCGAGUGAGCCUUCACUGGUCACCCCCUCUCAAAUAUAAACUCAGAUCUUAAAAUUUUAUCAUAAAUAUAACAUCCUGUAAGUGUGUGUGAUGUGUGUGUGAUGUGUGUGUGAUGUGUGUGUGAUGUGUGUGUGUGAGAUGUGUGAUGUGUGUGAGAUGUGUGAUGUGUGUGAGAUGUGUGUGUGUGUUCAACUCAUUGUUUAAAUCAUGCUAAAGAUCUGAUCUGAUGCUGUGAUCAUUAACAAUGCCAAGGUUCUUGCUGUGUGUGUGUGUUAAAUCUAAUAAAAUAUACUGUUCUUAUUAA